UGGUAGCACAAGAAGACAAUUUCUUCAACUAUUUUCUUCCACAACUUUCUUAAUAAUAUUAGCCAAAAGUGCUAGUUAAAUAUAUUACAAAUAUACUGUUUCAUAAAUAUUUAUUUAUUAAUAUAAUUGAAAUUUGAUAUACAAUAACAACAAUUGCUUAGUGCUGGUAAUUGUGGAAUAAAGUGUGUAAAAGUAAGAGAAGACGACAGGAUCAAUCGAUUUUUUUUUGCAUAGAGAAUUCCUCAAAGUGGUAGCAGUGUAGCAGGAAACAAGUCGAAGUCAUUCAGGCAAUAAACAACACAAGAGUACACGCCUUUAGGUAGAACUACCAUUGAUAAGUUAAUGUGGGCAGCUUGAUGCGCCUGGAAACAUAUUCUACUAUAGAAGCAAUUAGCGAUUAUAAAAAUAAAUACAUACGGUAACUUGAAAAGAUUGAAGUACUGUGACCACAACGCCACUUGAUGAACGCGGAGAAAGAACAGAAAGAAGCCAUUGGCGACGAAACUUCAAACAUUAAUGAAGAUUCGCCAACUGCUAGUCAUAAUAACUCCAACAGCUCAACAAGUCAAAACCAACAAAUACACGAUCAGCAGCACCAACGUCAGCCGCUGCAUUCACCAAUACAGAACACGCGCAACACGAAUCCAGAUAUGAAACGUUCGGCAGUCAAAGAACUAAUAGAACGUUAUUUCUAUCAACUUCAGCGUGGUUGCGGCAACCCAAAAUGUUUAAAUCAAAAUUGUGCUUCAAGCGGCCAGGUGGCGCCAAUGAAUCCAAAUGAAAUUGCUGCACGCGCUAUACAACUUUUUUCACAAGACGCAAAACUAUGUGAUUUUAACAGUCAACCACCGAAAGUACCGCGCACCCAAAAUGACUCACCGUCGAGUUCACAUUCAGCAAGUUCAGCAGCCACAACCCCCAGCAAUCAAGACUCCGAAAUGCUUUCGCCUAACGAGAGUAGCACGAGCAGCACCAGUAGUACCACCAGCACUACUAGCAGCAGUGGAAAUAGCACCAUCACCUCUGGCAGUGGUAGUGUACAAAGCCAAGACAGUCAACAGAGCAGUGUAAGCAAUAUUGCAGGCGCAGGCGUUCCUACCAUUGCUGGGUUGGGCGGCGGUGGUGGUGAUGCCGAUACGGCUAUUGUCUCCUCAUCCGGCGUAUCCCCACAAAGUCGUAUUAAUUCAAAUAGAAGUAUUGAAAACAGUGGUGCGGAAGCAGUUGAUAUGUGUCAGUUAGAGAUACUCUGCAAUGCCGCAGUUGAAGGUAGCGAUUUGCUGAAAACACACUCCUCAACGGAGAGUAGCGAAAACGCAAUGGAUGUCAGUGUACCAGCAGCGCGUGCCGCGUCAGGACCUCCAACGCCUACAUUUGCACCUGUUCUAUACUUGAAUGAGGCGUUGCUCGAUGAACUGCUGGACGAGUGUAAAAAGUUUAAUACCUACGAUCGACUAUUACACGCCAUAAACGAAGUUUAUCCGCAUGUCGAUCGCUUGAGUAAAAGUUUCCGUCGUCCUUCCCUCUCUGCACUCUCCACACAGUUAACUUCUAGUGCAACUGCUUCAAAGCUGCAAGAACUUUUAGGUAAGUCACCCACAGAUCUAAAGAAAGAAGACUUGCGUACGUUAGAGGGCGAGACUGACAAGGAUGAAGAUAGCACUUGUGUAUCGGUACAUCACGUGCCACAAGUAUGUAUUGACGGCGAUGACGAGCCAAUGGAUGAGGAUGCAGCAUCUGAUGGUUUUUCGAGCGCAGGUGCUGCGGCUGCAGGGAAUGCAGCUGACAACGAGGACGAUAUACAGUCGAGCAGUAGUGAAACAUUAGUAGAUUUGGAGAGUUUAAGACGCGUUAAAAAGAAAUUAUUUGCAUUGAACAUAACAAGCAUUGGUGAGGCGUUGAAUAGUAACAUAAUAUUGCUGGCGGAGAGCAUAUGCUAUGGACGUGAAGCGGAUUGGGAAAAUGUGCUGCAUUGUCUGGUGAUUUGUUUUGAUAUGGCGACAAAUACUUCCAACACCUUUGCUGACUUAGAAUAUUUAGAACGUUCAUUACCCAAACUGUGCCACGCUACACGCAUACUACCAGUAGCCGCUCAGGCGCGUCUUGCCAGAAUUUGGGCAGCUCACUGUAAGGAUCAAAUGCAAUCAUUAGUUCAGUGCUGUCAGCAAUUGAUCACCCUACAAGUAAUACUAGACGAAGAUACAGUACAGGAAAAUCCUGAUGUGAUUGCGGUUACCCGUGUGCUCAAGAUUGCCUUCUACGCCAACCUCUUAGCCGGCGAGUUGGAUACCAGCUCUAUUAAUGCUCACAAGCUAUUGGCCAGUACCGCCGAUGCCGAUACAUCUUCGAAUACCGAUACUAACAACGAUGAGGAUGAUAUAUUUUUCUAUACUCAAGUACCUAAAUCUCAACUGAAAUUUACGGAGGAUAAACUAGAGAAAGAGUUAGGUAUAUCGAGCAUGGACUGUCGUGUGCCGUUGGUGCCAUGUGAAGAGUUCUACAAUGAACCGCUAAGCGAUGCCAUACAAAUGGAUCGCGAUUAUUUAUCAUAUAGGAAUUUGUCGUUAAAUCCUAAUAAUGAGGAUGUCCAUUUCUCCUUUAUGCUGUAUUCCUUUAUAUUAACACCCGCUACAAAGGUCAUUGCUCUGUACUAUGAUAGUCGCAUACGUAUGUAUAGCGAAAGAAAUUCAUCUUUGUAUUCUUUGUUGAAUUCAUUUGCUGAUGGUAGUGAGCUUGGAGCAAGGCCUGAUUUAAAAUUGAAAGUGCGACGUGAUAAUAUUAUAGAUGAUGCGCUCAUUGGGCUCGAAUUGGUGGCUAUGAGUAAUCCAAAAGACUUAAAGAAACAAUUAGUAGUAGAGUUUGUAGGCGAACAGGGUAUCGAUGAAGGUGGCGUUUCCAAAGAAUUUUUUCAAUUAAUUAUCGAAGAGAUAUUUAAUCCGGAUUAUGGCAUGUUUGUUCACCAGGAGGAUACUAAUACAGUAUGGUUCAAUUCCGCACCCUUCGAAAAUGAGGCUCAGUUCACGUUGAUCGGCAUUAUUUUAGGUUUAGCUAUUUACAAUAACAUCAUAUUGGCUGUGAAUUUUCCUAUGGUCGUCUAUCGUAAAUUAAUGGGUGGUGUUGGCACAUUUUACGAUUUGAAAUAUUGGUCACCAACAUUGUAUAGAAGUCUGAAAUCAAUGCUCGAUUAUCAAGAAGCCGAUAUGGAAGAGGUUUUCAUGCAAACAUUCAAAAUCAGUUACAAUGAUGUAUUCGGUGAAGUUGUUGAACAUGAAUUGAAACCCGAUGGUGGUGAUAUAGUAGUGGGUCAACAUAAUAAACAAGAAUUUGUUGAUAUGUAUAGCGAUUACUUGCUGAAUAAGAGCAUUGAACGACAAUUUAAAGCUUUUAAAAAAGGUUUCGAAAUGGUCACAGAUGAGUCACCAUUGAAAUUACUAUUUAGGCCGGAGGAGAUUGAGUUACUCGUUUGUGGUAGUAGAAAGUUCGAUUUUAUUGAAUUGGAAAAAUCUACCGAAUACGAGGGUGGUUACACAAAGGACUCUCAAAUAAUCAAAGACUUUUGGAGUAUUGUACACGCUAUGCCCGAGGAUUCUAAGCGUAAAUUACUCGAAUUCACAACCGGCUCAGAUCGUGUGCCUGUGGGUGGCUUAAGCCGUCUCAAACUGUUAAUCACACGUCACGGUUCCGACAGCGAUCGCCUGCCCACCUCGCAUACUUGCUUCAAUGUAUUAUUGCUGCCUGAGUAUAGCAGUCGAGAGAAAUUGGAGGAACGUUUACUCAAAGCGAUUAACUAUUCGAAAGGUUUUGGCAUGUUGUAAACCAAAGCUUCAACGACAAACGACAAAGGAAAUUCCCAUAUCGAUGUGUAUUGCAGGAAAGAAGAUGAGCAUGAUAUAAUUAGGCGUGUUUGCGGAACAAAAAAAUGGGGCGUGCGUAUAAGUGGACGCAACGAAUGUUGUUCUUACAAGUUUUCCUUUUUUAUAUGCGCAUUUCUUUCAAUUUUUAUACAUUUUUUUUCGGUUAUUUCCCCUUGCUUUAUAUGUUUUAAAUUCAACUGAUUUUUAAUGAUUUUCGACAGCUUAUGAAGACUUGUCUUUAUUUUAAGCGUAUAUACAUAUUAUAUAUUUUUUGAGCGUUUAACAAACAUGCAUAUGCACACGUGCAUAUAUACCAACAUGCGUACAUACAUAUGAAUAUAUAAGUAUAUGUAGUUACAAAAGACAUUUCUUUAGACGAGGCAAGCAGUGAGGUAAUUUACAAAAAAAAAAAAAAAAAAAAAA